AUGCCCGCCGACCUGGAACACAGCUCAUCCAGCGAGGCCGAGUCGUUGCUCGGCCGCGGCCAGCGCCGCAUGAAGCGCUUCUUCGACGGCUUCGUCGACUUUGCCUUUCAGGGCAACAUUUUGCAGAUUGCCUUUGGCUUGAUUCUCGCCAACAUCUUCACCGACCUCGUCAAGUCCUUUGUCAGCGCCAUCCUCAUGCCCCCGCUCUCCGUCAUCUUCCCCGUCAACAAGAACAUUGAGCAAAAGUUCGCCGUGCUGCGGUACGGCAGCGGGUACAAUGCCACCACGGGGUACAACACGCUGUUCCAGGCGCAGGAGGACGGCGCCGUCGUCAUGGCCUACGGGUCCUUCAUCUACCAGGUCGUCUCCUUCAUCAUGGUCGGCUUCUCGCUCUACGGCCUCGCCCACAUCUACACCCUCGUGUCCAACGACCCCAUCAUCAAGUACACCAAGAAGUGCAAGUACUGUCGCAAGCGCAUAAACGAAAAGUGUCUGCGAUGCAUCAACUGCACCAGCUGGCAAGACGGACGCGAGGAUCGCCUCGCCACGUAA